GAGAGGGGAAGGGGAGGGGGAGAGAGAGGGGAGGGGAAGGGGGAGAGAGAGGGAAGGGAAGGGGAGGGGAGGGGCGAGGCUGGGAGGCGGCAGACGGAGGGGAGGGGGUUGCAGGCCCGGACAUGGAGGCGGGCUCGGCCCUGGACAAGGCUCCGACCGACCUCUCGGUCACCGACGUCUACGACAUCGCGGCGCUGGUCGGCCAGGAGUUCGAGCGCAUCAUCGACGCCUUCGGCUGCGACGCGAUCGCCAAGCUGCUGCCCAAAGUGGUGCGAGUGCUGGAGAUGUUGGAGGAGCUGGUGAGCCGCAACCGCAGCAACCCCGAGCUGGAGGAGCUGCGGCUGGAGCUCGGCCGCCUGCGGCUCGAGAGGACCGAGCGCAUCGAGAAGGAGCGCAAACACCAGCAGGAGCUGGUCCUGGUUGAGGACGUUUGGAGAGGAGAAGCUCAGGAUUUGCUGUCACAGAUUGCACAGCUUCAGGAGGAGAACAAGCAGCUGAUGAUGAACCUCUCCCACAAAGACACACACCUUACCGAGGAAGAGAUCCUGAAGCAGGAAGCCGGGAUGUCAGAGAGGGAGCGGCUGGUGAUGAAGAAGCUGAAAGAGGUGGUUGACAAACAACGCGACGAGAUUCGGGCCAAAGACCGGGAGCUGACACUGAAGAACGAGGACGUGGAGGCAUUGCAGCUGCAGCAGAACCGACUGAUGAGGAUUAACCACGAACUGCGGCACAAGGUGACGGUGAUCGACGCCCAGGGCAAGGGGCUGAUCGAACAGAAGGUGGAGUUGGAGACCACACUGCAGACCAAGGAACAGGAGAUGGGAAACAUGCGACUGGAGAUCGGGAAGCUGAGGGAGAGGUUCCAGGGACAGCCCACACAGAACGGAGAGCAGGAAGGGAAGACGGAAGCCCUGAGCGAGGAGGAGCUGCAGUCGGACAAGAUGCUGGCGGAUCUGAACGAUCUGAACGACCCGAACCGCCCACGGUUCACGCUGCAAGAGCUGCGGGACGUUCUCCAUGAGCGCAAUGAGCUGAAGGCCAAGGUCUUCCUGCUGCAGGAGGAGAUGGCGUAUUACCGCAGUGAGGAACAGGAGGAAAGCUCGGGCUCCUCGAACUCUCUGCCCUCCCCACCGCUGCAGCCCAGAGCAGCCACUCAGCCGGAGUCGGGCAUCCGGAGGCUGUUUAAUUUAUUUUCACGGGACAAGCGAACAGAGAACCGUCUGCGAACACAGGGAUCAGCUGGAACUUGGGGAAUUUCUGAACAGGAAGGGAUUGUCACAGAACAAGGCCAAGAGGCACUGCAACACCUAUAACUAUAACCCUAGGCUCGCCGGACGUGUAUAACCUCAGAUGGUUUGAAAAAUCCAAAGGCCACUUUCCUUCAACUCAGUUUUGGGAAGAACUGAAUAUUGACUUGUAUUCACACAUCUAACCAAGUGCAAGCUGAUGGGUGGUUGAGACGGCAGUCUGUACUGGUGAACUGUUGCAAUCUUAUCACUAACCCUUGUUGGGAAAGGUUAAUUAAUGUGAUGAGCUGAUAUAUUGGAAUAGUAACAAUAGUUUGUAACUUGCAGUGUUAUAUACCAAACCCAAAAGACUUAUCUCUGAAUUAUACAGCUUCUGCCUUCUAACCAUGUGCUUUGUGAGGAGCUACACCGUCUUUCUUGAGUUAGACACUGACAUUUUGGAAUGUGUGGGAAAGAACUUCAGGAACACAUCCAGAGUUCUCGGGUAAUUGGAAGAAACAGAUCUGUGAUUUGAGUUGUUCUGGGUCUCCAGCAGUCAUUUCUGUCCCGGCCAUUUGAAUUGAUGUGAGUUUCUGCUGUCAGCUUUAAUUCUGAUCAUGGGAAGCUGAUCUUUGUAAAUUCCGAGAGCUCCACAACUCGGGCCCAACCAUCCUGUGCCGGCAAAUCUCCCACACAACUGUGCAGACCAAGGCUGAGGAAAACAAAACAGGAGAUGCCAGAGUUUGUUCAGCAGCUCAAACGUUGUUUGCAAAACCUUUGGAAAAACAAAGCUGGCUGUUGGGAACUUGGGUCACCAGCUGUCAGCUGCUCUCUGCAGGAAACCAAGGUCUUCUUGGUUUAGUGAAGCAGGUUAAAGCAGUGGUUAGAGUGUCUGGAGAUAACAUAGCUCAGAGGAGCUCGUUCAUUUAAAAACAAGCCUUUUGUUUCAUCUUUUCACAGUUUAUCACUUGAUUCCUUGAGUCCCUGACUUUUAGAAAACCUGUAUUUGAAUAAAGUCAGUGAAAUAUU